GUCGCUUGACCACGGUGCUGAGGCCGGCACUGAAGGAGCACAGGAGGAGGGAGAUGAGGAUGAGGCGCCAGAGUCUCCUCCGUCACCCAUCCGAGUUCGUCGACAGGAGAAAGUGCCCACCAACGCACGUGCGCGGCUGCUUGCAGACAGCUCUGACA